AUGAAAAGUUCUCCUCAUCGUCCUUCCAUUGAACUCUUGUUCAAGAGAGGCCUCGGAAGUGCUGAGAUCGCUCGACGCCUUCAAAUUUCGUCUUCGACGGUUCGAAACGUUGUCGCUGCUAUCAAAAAGCGAGGAGAUGCUUCUGAAGUAAAAAAAAGCGGACGUCCACGUUCUGUCAACACCCGGAAUACUCGUGCAAUCAUCAAGAAACGGAUCAUUCGAAAUGAUGGAUUGAGUCUCAAUAGGAUGGCGUCACAGCUUGGAAUUGCCCGAUCCACUGUCCAAUCGAUUGUCAAGAACGACUUGAAGCUCAAAAGUUACAAACUACGUCGUGGACAGUACCUCUCGGACAAAUCGAAAGCGAUGCGACUCGAAAAAUGCCGAAAAUUACUCCAGCACUUUCAAGUGCGCCGCGUCUCUGACGUUAUCUGGACAGACGAGAAGAUCUUCACUAUUGAACCUCUUCCCAACCGUCAAAACCAGAGACAGUUAUUGUCAAAGGAUGACAGCAUGUCUCCGAAACGUCGUCUUGCCCAUAACCGCCUUUUCCCGAAAAGUGUCAUGGUUUGGGCCGGUAUCACGGCAACCGCACUUUGCUGGCGGUCCAUUUAUCCUUCAACAAGACUGGGCACCGUCCCAUGGCUCGAGAUCGACAUUGGCCGUCUUGGAGGCGCAUUUCCCUGGAUUCCUGGACAAGAACUUGUGGCCUGCUUCCAGCCCGGAUCUCAAUCCGAUGGAUUUCAGCGUUUGGGCAUGUUGGAAGGGAAGAUCGCGGGAAAAGUUUUUGCUACUGUCGAUGACUUGAAGGCCGCUCUCGAGGUAGCAUGGGCUUCGAUCGACGACGGAUACCUGCGGCGCACUGUCAAUUCGGUGAAGAAACGUUUGAGAGCCUGUGUCAAAGCUCGUGGAUCCAACUUCGAAUUUCUCUUGUAA